AUGGCUGCCUCUACGAAUAACGCGUAUCUUGAAUUCCUGACCACUGGAAAGUACACUGACUUGAUCAUCCGCUGUCAAGAGGUCGAGUUCAAAGUCCACCGCCUCAUAGUAUGCACCCAAUCAGACAUGCUGGACAAAGCCUGUGGAGGUCUUUUCCAGGAGGCCGAAAGUGGGAGCAUUUCGUUCCCGGAGAUUGAACCAGAGAACAUGGCUCGGGUCAUACUUUUCAUGUACACCGGGAAUUACCACGCUUGCCGGCUUCCCAAUUUCUACAAGAAACUCAUCAAUGAUUCCACCGAGGAUACGGAAGGCGAGGAGGAUGAAGAAGAAGACGAGACGGCCCGGUACCUGGAUUUCUGGUCUCGGAACAUUGACCAUCGUGGCUUAAGAACUGCCCUCAGGACGAAUGUCCUGAUGUACCAGUGUGCCGACAUGCUGUGUUGUGAACGGCUGAGACAGCUCGCAUGCGCUCGAUUUCUGAACGAAGCAAGGCUGGCGUAUGACCUGGAUGGGUUUGAUGAGCCUCUGCGCAUCGUCUACGAGUCCACAAGGGUAGAUGACAAGGACCUCAGAUUCGAAGUCACCUGUCUGUGCAUUGAAUAUUCUGACCUGAAGACUCUACCGGAAAUGACAGCAGCCGUCUUCGAAGAGUACAAUCCCGGCUUCUGGAAUUUUUCGAUCGAGGUCAACAAGCGAAAGGGUAACAGAAUCAAAACGGCUGUCAAGGACUUUAACGAAAAGAUGGCGAGCAGCAGGUGCUUUCAUCACAAAGGUUGUGUGAAGGAGGUGGAAUUGGAGCUAGUCGAGUAUGGUGACUCUGUGAGUUUCUACAUAGUCUGCACUGAAUGCGGAGAGGACUUUUAG